UACCUCCAACUGAGGAAACUCACAGGGCUGCAGGUGGAGCCUCACAAAUAAACCAUAGCAUUUUGAAAAAGAAAGGAACAGAAAGACAUUAUUCCCCAGCACUCAGAGGACACCUAAGAACUUGUGAGUCAGCUGUUUCUUGUGUGCAGCCAUGAAGUCUGUGCACUCUGUUCCCCAGAACACAGUUUGUAGCAUCAUGACUUUUUACCCAACCAUGGAAGAAUUUACAGAUUUCAACAAAUAUGUUGCUCACAUGGAGUCCCAAGGCGCACACCAAGCUGGCCUCGCCAAGGUAAUUCCACCCAAGGAAUGGAAAGCCAGAAAGACUUACGAUGGUAUUGAAGACAUCUUGGUCGCCACUCCCCUCCAGCAGGUGACCUCUGGGCAGGGAGGUGUGUUUACUCAAUACCAUAAAAAGAAGAAAGCCAUGACAGUCGGGAAUUAUCGCCAUUUGGCAAACAGUAAGAAAUAUCAGACUCCACCACACCGGAAUUUCGACGAUCUGGAGCAACAAUACUGGAAGAGCCACCCCGGUGAUUCACCAAUUUAUGGUGCUGAUAUUAGUGGCUCCUUAUUUGAAGAAAACACUACACAGUGGAACCUAGGACACCUGGGAACAAUUCUGGACCUGUUGGAGCAGGAAUGUGGGGUGGUCAUCGAGGGCGUCAACACCCCCUACCUGUACUUUGGCAUGUGGAAGACCACAUUUGCUUGGCACACGGAGGACAUGGACCUUUACAGCAUCAACUACCUGCACUUUGGGGAGCCCAAAACGUGGUACGCAGUGCCCCCAGAACAUGGCCAGCGCCUGGAAUGCCUGGCCAGCGAGCUUUUCCCAACAAUUUCCCAGGGCUGUGAGGCCUUCCUGCGGCACAAGGUGGCCCUCAUCUCUCCUACAGUUCUCAAAGAGAACGAGAUUCCCUUCAGUUGCAUGACUCAGGAGGCUGGGGAGUUCAUUGUGACCUUUCCCUAUGGCUAUCAUGCGGGCUUCAACCAUGGCUUCAACUGUGCAGAGGCCAUCAAUUUUGCCACUCCACGAUGGAUUGAUUAUGGCAAAGUGGCUUCACAGUGUAGCUGUGGGGAGGCGAGGGUGACCUUUUCCAUGGACGCCUUCGUGCGUAUCCUGCAACCAGAGAGCUACGGGCUCUGGAAACACAGGCAAGGUUCUGCCCUUGUGGAUCACAUGGAGGCCAAGGUUGCAGAGAGCCAGGAGGAGAGCACCUGGAGGGAGGACAUAGCACUUAGGAGAGCUGCUCUGGGCCUGAGGCAUCUCCCGAACUACAUAGCCAGCUGUCCCACACAGACUGUGCCCCCAGGGCUCAGUUACAACCCAAAGGGCCUUGACACCGGUGCUGUGCCAGAAUCUGAACUCCAAACCCUAGGGACAUCAGCCUGGGUUUUUCAUGCUUCCACUGGAAGGCAGGGUCCUUGUCGUGGCCGUGGCCAUGGUCCUUGUCGUGUUCGUGGUUGUGGUCUUGGUCGUGGUCUUGGUCGUGGUGGUGGUCGUGGUCUUGGUCGUGGUCGUGGUCGUGGUCGUGGUCGUGGUCGUGGUCGUGGUCAAGGUCGUGUUCAUCGAGAACUGGGAACUGAGGAGACAACUGUCCAAUCUGCAGCCAAGAGGCACCUCUCAGUGGGGAUAUGGAGCACAGUUCAAGGCCGCAAACCUCACUUCCAGUACCCUGAUGAAACUUUGAUGGACAAACCCACAUCUUUGAGCAGGGGCCUUCUGCAUCUUGCCAAGCCUUCUGGCUGCUGCUGUGCCUCUGAUCUUCAACCCUUGGGGCCCCCACUGGAUCCUGACGAACCGAUGCACCCUGGCCCAUGCCUGCCGUCCCUUGACAGCAUUGUUAGUAAUCUCCCUGAUGUCCUCAUCACUCCUCCCAAUGUCACUGUGCCUUUGAUUAAGUUGCCCACGGACACGGGUGGGGACCAGAAAACCAUGCUGAACCUGGCCAAUGUUGUAGCACUGGACCACUCUUAUGCUUCUAGGGUUCUGUUCCCAACUAAGUUUUCCAGAAUUUCCUGGGCCCCUGAUUCAUCUGCUAGGGCUAAAACCAGACAGAGAUAUGCCACUGAAUUUGGAGACAUUUUCCUCUAAAGCAUGAUUAGUCCUCUGAACCCACAGCUAUGAAAUACGGUGCCAAAUGUCAAGUGAUAACUCCUGCUUAUGCCAACCCCAGGAACCAGAGAAGAUUCCCGUUCAGCACAAUUCUGGCCUGGGCUUCUCCCCAGUGAAGAUUUUUUACCUCCAAUAACUGACACAUUUCCAAGGCCCCCAGAUAUUUUCUCCUACUGUGACAACCAGGGCUCCCAGCAGCCACUGAAGUUCCCACCCUAAAGGUUGCCACAGGUUGUUGUAGUACCUCUCAGGGACUCUCUGUCUACUCCUAAUCAUUGUGCCUGUGGCCUUCAUCAUGGCCCAGAUGCCAUGGACAGCACUCAUUGCUGAAGUCCCCUCAGGAUACCUCCCUUACUGCGGUCCAGAUCCCACAGUAAUUUGGACUCACAUUGGAUGGUGCUAAGAAUCUGACUGAGCCUUUCAUUUUUACCUCAUCUGGUUCUCUGUUUCUCUGACCCUAGGUUCCGCUGGACAUUGCUACAGCCCCAGUGAGGUUCAGGGCUUCUCACAGUCCUUCAACUGCAGCAUGCCCUUUACCCCAGGCUGCCAUCCACUGCUCAUGCACAAACUAGACCUUUAGACCAACUGAGUCUGCUCAUGAAUUCAUGGCCCCAGAGAUAUUUUGUAAUGUUAUUGAUGUUUAUUAAAUUUGCAAUCUCUAGUGUAUAACUGCAAAGUAAAGAAAAUCUUUAAUACAUGUUUUUAAAAUUAGAAUUACAUAAAGUGAUGUAUCAAAAAAAGUGAUGUAGAAAAGUGUUUGAGAUAAAGUAAUGGGCAAAAUUAUAUCUAGCAAAGAACAAACAUAAAAGUAAAGUCACAAAUUUUAAGUUUAGUCUAAGUUGAAUGAAGACCAAAGGUACAUAGAAGGCUUCUCUUCAAUGUAAAAGGCUAGAUUUCACAAUGAAACUGCAGCACUCCUGAAUAUUGAAGUAAGUUUGAUAAAGUAUGACUUUACUAUAUAAAACAGAAAAAGACUCAGUAAACACAGGUACGUUGAAGUCACUGACAUGGUUUGAAUCUAAAUCUCAUGUGGAACUGUAAUGCCCCGGUGCUGGAUUUAGGGCCUGGUGGGAGCUGACUGGAUCAUAGGGGCAGUUUCUCAUGAACUGUUACACACCAUCACACUGGUGUUGCUCUCCCCUUAGAAUUCUCACAAGGUCUAAUUGUUUAAAAGUGUGUAGCACAUCCUCACCAUCUCUCUUGUUUCUGCUCCAGCCAUAUAAGAUGUGCCUGCUUCUUCACCUUCUGCCAAGAUGGUAAAUUUCUUGAGGCUUCUCCAGAAGCAGAAGUUUCUAUGCAGCCUGCAGAAC